AAAAAAAUUGACCAGGCCUAAACAAUAAAGCUGAACGGCCCAAAACAGCGGUCGGUCCGAUCCAUAUAAAUACAUGAAACCAAGAUAAGGUUGGAGCAUCCAUUUCAUCUCCCCUGCUCCUCCCUGUAUCUCUCCACAGUAGUAAUGGCCGUGAGCUUAAGCCUCAUCGGAGCUUUCAAAGGCUUAUCAUUGUCUUCAAGCUCUUCUUCUGUUUGUUUCAAAGGCGAUUUUGGAUCAAUUAAUGUGGGCCAAAAGCUUGCCAUUUCGUUUCCUAUGAAUCCUCCGUUGGUUAUCGAGUCUGCGCAUAAGAAAGGAGCUGGAAGUACUAAAAAUGGCCGUGAUUCCGCUGGCCGAAGGCUCGGGGUUAAGAUUUAUGGCGAUCAGGUUGCCAAGCCCGGUGCUAUUAUUGUUCGUCAGCGCGGAACUAAGUUUCAUCCAGGGAAAAAUGUUGGGCUUGGCAAAGAUCACACAAUCUUCUCUCUAAUAGACGGAUUGGUGAAAUUUGAAAAGUUUGGGCCCGACAGGAAACAGAUUAGCGUUUAUCCCCGUGUUGUGGUACCAGAAAACCCCAAUAGCUACAGAGCAAGGAAGAGAGAAUCCUUCAGAGUGCAGCGCGAGCGCCGAAAAGCUAGAAAGGAGGCCAGGCUUGCUGAACCUCAGUUAAUUUUGGCUUCUGCAGCUGAUACUACAAUCGAUGAACCAAAUUGCUGAUAUAUAAUGCAAAUCUAAGCAAACCAUAUCCGUAAAAUGGUUGUAGCGUGCUUUUAAUCGAUUUUGCUGUGUUUCGUAAAAGUUGUCUUCUAUGAAGUACUGAAGCUGUGAACCUGAUAGGCUAAUGCUAAUCCCAUUGUUGAUAAUUUGAUAUGUAUUCUCCUGUUCCAUCAUUCCAAAUACAAAUGAUUUGAUAA